GUUGAUUAUUUUUGUAAUUGCUAAUAUAACAGAAAAAUUUCAUUAAUAUUUGUAGUAAAAUAUUAAUAAUUAGUUAUCAAUUUUACACCUCAUAUGACGUCAUAUUCAAAAAAUUAAACAGACACAUGUUACACCGGUUCCAAUAUUUUUUUUUUCUUUUUACGUCAAUACAUUUACAAUUUGUAUAAUGAUUAAAGUUGUUUUCCAUAUAUGUAAUGAUUUAUAUCAAAGAUUAUAUCAAAUAGUAUCGUAAUAACUAUGUUAAUGUACUUACUGAGAUAAUAAUCGUAAUAUGUAAUCUCUUAUUGGAAUUUCUAACCUUCUAUGUAAACCCGUAAUGAUGAUAUAAAAGUUAUGAUGCAACACUGGAAGAUACUUAUAUAAAUAUAAAACAACAAUAAGAGUAAUUUAUAAGAAAAAAAAUAUGUUCCUGGAUAUUAAUCAAUAGAUAGUAUCUAAUUCACAAUGAGCACAAGUAUGAGUGAUGUACAAGGUUCCUUAAAGGAAGCUCUAUAUGAAACAUUGACAGGAAUCUUGUCUCCACAUCGAGAUAUUCGACAAGCAGCUGAACAAAGAAUUCAAGCACUCGAAGUUACAGAAGAAUUUGGUAUUCAUCUUACUGAAUUCGUGAUUGAUCCUCAUGGUCAUUUACCAAUUAGGCAAUUAGCGUCUAUACUUUUAAAGCAGUAUGUAGAAACACAUUGGACUUCACUAGCUGAAAAAUUUAGGCCACCUGAAUUAAAACAAGUGACUAAAGAAAGAAUUAAAGAGUUGUUACCACUUGGAUUAUGCGAACCUAUUAGUAAGGUACGUACAGCAGUAGCCUACGCAAUAUCUGGUAUAGCACAUUGGGAUUGGCCUGAAAAUUGGUCUGGAUUAUUUGAUAUAUUAGUUAAUUGUUUGAGUGGAGAAAGCGAAUAUGCUGUUCAUGGGGCAAUGAGAGUUUUAACAGAAUUCACUCGUGAUCUUACCGAUACUCAAUUACCAAAUGUUGGUCCUGUUAUAUUACAAGAGAUGUAUAGAAUCUUUCAGAGUGAGAGUCAAUAUUCGAUCAGAACACGUGGACGUGCAGUUGAAAUUUUUACGAUCAUCACAAAUCUCGUAGCUGCUACAGGAAUUUAUCAUAAAGGAUUUAUAGAACAAUAUCUGCAACCAGUUAUUCCUAUGUUUUGUGAAAAAUUUGUUCAGUGCCUCCGUGUCUCUAAUGGUCCAACAAGUGACAGUGGACUUAAAACUGAUAUUAUCAAAGCCAUAAACUGCCUUGUUACAAAGUUACCUAAAUAUGUAUCCAACUUUUUACCUCAAAUGUUACCACCGGUUUGGGAAACAUUAACUGAAAGUGCAAAGAUUUAUCAAGAAGAAACAGUAAAUGGAACUACAGAAACAAAUAAUAAAGAAGUAGAUUCCGAUGGUGAAAUUAUUAAUUUUAACAAUCUUAUCAUUGCUAUAUUUGAAUUUGUUCAUUCUAUUAUUGAACAUAAAAAGUUUUCAAACCUUGUCAACAAUUUACUACAGGAAAUAAUAUAUUAUUUAAUCAUUUUUAUGCAAAUAACGGAUGAACAGAUCGAGUUAUGGACAACUAAUCCUAAUCAAUUUGUAGAAGAAGAUGAUCAGUGUUUGUUCGCUUAUAACGUGAGAAUAUCGGCACAGGAAUUCCUAGCAGGUGUCAUCAGUCAUUUCGAGGAAAGAGCAGUGAAUGCACUUUGCGAAGCAAUUACGCGGCAUAUUGAAGCUACAAAUAGACUACAAGCUGGAGGAGAUGAUAACAGCAGUAUUGAAAAUUGGUGGAAAAUACAUGAAUCUUCCAUAUUAACAUUGAGUAUUACAAGAGAUAUAGUGAUAGAAAAACAACAAGAAGGAUUAUUGCAAUUUGAUAUUAUUAGAUUUAUGGAUACUGUUGUGUUAAAUAAUUUGAAUGAUUCAAGUGCGCCACCAUUACUUCUUGGUCGUUGUUUAUGCGUCGGUGGAAGGUAUGCUCAAUUAAUGCCACCUGAAAUGAGCUCAAGAUUUCUAGAAGCAACAGUUAAUGGCUUACAAGAAAAUCAACCGUCAUGUAUUCGUAUAAGCGCCGUUAAAGCUAUCUAUUGGUUUUGUGAGAUAUCCUGUGCAGAUGCUAAUAAUCCUACUAAUAAUAUUAUCAGAUCUCACUUACCUAAUAUAUUUCAAGGAUUGUUUAAUUUAUCUAGUCAAGCAUCUACGGAAGUUCUAAUAUUAGUCAUGGAAACAUUUCAAACAGUAAUAUCGUUGGAUAAAGCAUUUACUGCUUCUGUAGAAAAUAAAAUAUGUCCAUUAACGAUUGCAGUUUUUUUAAAGUUUCAUAGUGAUCCAGUAAUAUUAGAUUUAUGUCAGAAUAUAUUUAAAGAAUUAACUCAAAAUUCUAAUUGCAUCGAACCUCUGCAAACUCGUUUAAUACCAACUUUAGUGAGUAUGAUGGCUGUUACGCCUAUGGAUAAAUCGAAGGAUGAGGGAGCUCGCGGGGUAGCUUUGGAUAUCUUACAAGUUCUCGUUCAAUAUUCACCAAGACCAUUAAGUAAUGCUUUGAUUGAAACUGCCUUUCCUGCUGCUUGUCAUUGCAUUCUUAAUUCCGAAGAUAAUGGGACACUACAAAGUGGAGGAGAAGUGAUACGUACGUAUUUAUCUGUGGCUGCACGCCAAGUCACUACUCAUAGAGACAGCGAUGGUCAAACUGGAUUACAAUAUAUCUUGCAAAUAAUUGCACAGUUAUUAAAUCCUCAGUCUAGCGAAUUCACAGCAACCUUCGUUGGCCGUUUAGUAACGACUUUGAUACGAAACGUUGGAAGUACAUUGGGAGAAAAUCUUGAUCUGUUAUUAAAAGCUGUUCUUAGUAAAAUGCAAAGGGCUGAAACAUUAACAGUCAUGCAAAGUUUGAUCAUGAUAUAUGCACAUCUUAUAAAUACAGAGUUUGAUGCUGUUUUAAAUUUCUUGUCAACGGUACCUGGCCCCACUGGGCAAAGUGCUCUUGCCUUUGUGUUGUCUGAAUGGGUUAGCAGACAACAUCUUUUUUUUGGUAGAUAUGAACGUAAAGUAGCUACUGUAGCAUUAUGUAAGAUACUGGAACAUGGUGUGACACACGAUGACUCUAGAUUGAAAGAAAUCACUGUAAAAGGGGACCAAAUAUUUUCUGGAAAUGAAGCUGGUGUAAGGACCAGAAGUAAAGCAGAAGCACAACCUUUUCAAUGGACUACCGUGCCUGUUCUUGUUAAGAUCUUUAAAUUAAUAAUUAAUGAACUGUCAAAUGAUAUCGAAAUAAUUAAUGCCACUCAAGAAAGUGAGGUAUCCGAUGACGAUGAUGACGAUACUGAAGGAAAUGAAACUUUAAUAGAUCCAGGAAAUGAAUCUACUUUAUUACACAUAGAAGGGGAAGAAGAUGAUAAUGAAGAGGAAGAAGAUCCAGAUCUUCUGCAAGAUUCCAUUUAUCAUUUAAAUCUUGGCCAAUAUUUACGAGAUUUUCUUUCCAAUUUUUCAACCCAUCAUUGUUUUCCUGUAUACAUUCAACAUCUUAAUAAUCCAGAGCGCAAAGUCUUGAACACUUUAAAUAUUAAUUCAACAUAUAUGUAACAGAUUGUUGAUAUAAUAAUAAUGAUACAAUUUUUCUAUUUGAUAAAGGAUUAUUAAAACAACUUUUGUUUUUCUGA